AUGGCAAUGAAGAAUGCUUUGCACAUGCAAGCGUCGAGGAGGAGGGAGGCAAAGGAUCUGAAUGUUGCCGGAGCGGCUCACUCUUCACAGCACGUUCACAUGGCGCACGAGCACCACAAGGUUGCAACAGAGGCAAAGAAUGCACAGGAAGCGUCUUCCGUGAAGAAGGAGAUCUCCCAGGCAUCUUCCUUGGCUGAGGGGGUUGCUGCAGCCGAGAAGACGGGCCUUCAGAGCCUUCAUAUCGCGAAGGCGGAUGACAAACAAGCAUCUUCUCAUAUGAGUUUGGAUGCUCUGGUGGCAGAAAAGAAGAAGGAGCUUGCUGAAGUGGAGAGCACUGAAGUUAAAGAGAUUGACAUCGUCAAGAAGGCCGAGCUGCACAAACUAGCUGCGAUCAAGAAGACUGAUUUGGGGAAAGAGCGGGAUCUUCAAAAGCAGAUCAAGGAUCUCGAAGCAAGGUCUGCUUUGGAGCAGGAAGAGAAGAAAAUACAAGACCAGAUCUCUCACGUAAAGCAGGAGGAGGAGCAAAAACUCACUGCUCUUCACAAGAAUCUGGCGAAGCUGGAGGGAACGGAAAUUCAUGAGCACAAGUCGAUUUCAAAACCAGUUGUGAAAGUGGUUAAAGAAACGAAAUCCAAGGAGGAGCCUUCUGCUUCAACGGAAACUGCAUCUCGUGAAUCCAAGAAGGCAGCCAAGCCUGCUAAGCCGACGCACCAAAGCAGCAAGAAAGAAGCCAAGCCUGCUUGCACAGAGACAGAUUGUGACGUUGAUGGCGAGGACAAGAAAUGGCUGGUCAAGGGAGGAAGUCUCAACAAAUAUUCUCGUGACGCAGUCGAGGGGUCGGGAAAGGCAAAACGCGUGGCCCUUGAACACAUGCAGAAGUUGAAGGAGCAGAUCGAAGACGAUUACAAGCACGUGACAGACUUUGCGAUUGCACAGGAGAAUGCACUUUCUCCUCCACCCAGUCAAAACUAG